AUGACGACCCCGCCAAACCGGAGCCCCUCACAGCCGCAAAGCCUCAAAGGCCGGGGGAGAAGCUGCUCCACCACAGGGGAGGCCAAACCGAACCCCGCGUUGGUCGAGGCGAUGAUCGAAACCGCCAGGCGGCUGACGGCCUCGACGGGGCGGUGUGCGAACUCGGGCGGGUCCCGCUCCUCAACCGACGGCCUACGGUGGGACGCACAGGAUUCACUUCUGGUGGACGAAAAAAGCCCGAGCCCUGCCCUGACAACUGAUCCGAGCCCCUACGCCGGCGGGCUGGCGAGGCGAAACGCCGUGAUGGAUCCUGCGCAGGCUGAGAUCCUGCCGCCCAGGCGACUCACGGAUGCGUUCUACAAGAACUACGAAUCCGGCGCCAUGGCGGAGCAGUCGUAUCGCUACUUCCUCGCCCUCUCCAGGAAGAAUGGAGCAAAGCGGAGCUCUUCCCUGGCAUUGAUACAAGGUUCGAAAUCGAGGAAUCAGGCGGAUGAGGUCCGACUACUUAACAUGUGGGCAAAACAAGGUCAUCAGUUAAACUCGUAUGCACAACCCCACCAAGAGGAGGCAUGCCUAUCCCAACAGCAGCAGCGCUCCGUAACUUUUGAGGAGUCCGCAGAGGGAAAGAAACGCGUCAUGGCGCUGCUGAUGCAAUCAAACGCUCUAUAUCAUACUUUGUCGAAGAAAGCUAAUCCGCUGUGA